GUGAAGAACGCAGCCUCUGGACAGCUGUGCCCUGUCAAGCAAGCAAAUGAUUGGAAUGACAUCUCUGGCAAAAUGUGGCGUUAAUAGUUAUUACGAUGGACUAAUCGAGGAUUGUCAGCCUUGCUCCAUUAGAUGCAAGUCUCCCCCCUCUAUCUGUGUGACAUAUUGUAAAUCUACAACAUCGUCUGCUAAUGAAGCUGGAGCAAACCGAAAUAUUCGAGUAAUCCUCAUAGUGUUAUUUGUGUUCCUUGGCGCUUUCAUUACACUGACUUUAAUUCAGGUUGUACGCAGAAAGGCCUGCAGACCAGUCAUCAAAGCCAAAGCUCAACAACAAGAAACAUCAGAAAGUGAUGGAGGUUCUGAGACAACUGAGAAGUCGGAUGAUGGAUCACCUGACAUGGAAGAUGGCACAUGCAAAACUCACUGCAACACCAGCCUUCCACUUCCCUCCACAGAAGAGGGCACCACCAUGUUAGUCACCACAAAGACAGUGCAGACAUAUAACUGCAGAACUCAAUAUACAGAGGAUGUAACGUUAGGCGUCUGGAGAACUGAAAUGGUAUAAGAAGUACCUGAACAAUAUACAAUUAUGCAGUCUCUAAAAUACAACAAAACUGCAAAUUGCACAGAAAGAUGCAUGACGUUUACAUAUUUUAUUCAGUUCUUCUUGGCCUUCAGCUGUGCCAAAUCCUGCUGCUGGAGCUCUUUUUCAUCUCAGGCUCUGAUUCGUUUAGCUUCGCUUCAGUCUUUAGAUGUUUUUGAAGAGGCUGAAUAUCUGGAUCAGGUAUAAUGUGUUUGGGGAUGACCUAAACUAAGCAGGACAGUAAAUCUCCAGCAGCACUAAUGGGCACUGCUGAAGUCUGCUAUAAACUGAGUAUACUACCUGUGAUUCCACAUCCUGUGGAAAGGGAAUGUAGGCUGCUUGUGCAUUGUGUAACCUCUUGAUGAUCAUGAUAAUGCUUAUCUUUGAACCCUGACUGACAAUGGAUCCAUUUACCAUUUACAGAGAAUAUUGUUAGUUUAACUGCUUCGGGGAUAAUCAGAUUUACAACAGUAUUUUAUAUAUAUAUAUAU